AUGGGUGCCUAUCACUCCGUCAUGGCCUAUGAUUCAGACAUGGCUCAGGCCAUGACCGCCAUGACCGACGUGCUUCGCAGCAUCAACACCACCCUGACCGAAGGGGCCCGCCGUUUAAACAGGCACGAGUCCUCGAACCAAACCGACCCUACCAAUACCCUUCUCAGCCGCGUGGUCAAUCCCGUUCUUUCACACGCAUACAGCAUGAAGGAACACUUGACCUGCAUCGAUAUUAAAGGAGGAGAUGUCAGCGCCCUUAUACCCCACUUGACCGAUAUCAAGGGGUUGAACGAUAUCAAGAGGUUGAACGAACUUCUGAAACCCCUCGGAUUCAAAAUCGUGAAGUUGAAUCAAUACGGGCAGGUAGAUGACGACGGGCUGUUCACCUUCCACUGCGUCGUCAUCGUUUGGUUUACAUUCCUUGCGGUGGUCGUUGUUACUAUACUUUUGUCAAAGGCAAUUCCCGCGUUGCGCGAUGCCUGGGAGAAAUCCGAGGAGGGCUGGAAUCAGAUAUUGGCUGAGCGGGCUGACGCAGAGGUUGCCGUUAUGAAGCAGAAGUUGGUAGAAGAGCGUCAGCGGUUGGAAGAGAAGUAUGCGGGAAUUCUAGCAGCAGAGAAGCGAGAGCGAGAGGAGCAGAAGGCCAAGCUGGACAAUGCUCUCAGGGUGCAUUUGGACCAGCGUGCCGCCGAACUCGAAGUGCAGAUCGCGGAGUCCGAGGCACGCGACGCUGAGAGGGCUCAGAAGGCCCAGGAAGAGGCUGAAGAGUACAAGGGAGAGUCUGGACGUCAAGGAAGAAGAUGA